GUCACCCUGAAGGGCUCUGCGGCCAGCAAGGUGGGCGCCAAGAAGGGCCAGAAGGCCGGGAACGAGGCCAGCUCCAACGCCACCUAUGUGAGGGCGUACCAGACCUUCAUGGACAAGUGGCCGGUGACGAGGUACAACAUGUUCAAGAGCUUCUCGCGCGUGACGAAGUACGGCCGCCACAAGUUCCCGUCCACGGUGCUGGAGUCGCCAGGCCCCUCGAAGUGCUCCGCAGGCGCGCCCCGCAGGCGCGCGGGCCCGCAGAGGCUCCGACAGUACUCGGAGUGCGGGAGGCUUAAUUACAGGCAGGCCUACUGGGGCACGGACCACCCGGGCGGCGACCUGCGCUCUGUCGGGGUGCCCUCUGGGGCGGACUGCUGCCAGAAGUGCGCCGAGGACGCCCAGUGCGCCGUGGCCGUGUACUACGGGGCGGCCUGCUACCUGAAGGGGGCGGGGAGCCUGGGCGGCGCCCGCGCCGCGCCGGGCCGCACGGCCUUCGUGCCCAAGGCCCACGUGCCCUCGUCGACGCCGAGGCCGGCGCGGGACCCCGCGCGCCCCGCGGCGACGGCCCCCUUCGACUGCCAGCACGGCUACGCCAAGUGGGAGCGGGGAUGGUCGGAGGCGAAGAAGGCCUGGUGCUGCGAGCGGUACGAGGUCGGCUGCGCUGCAGAUCCCAGUAACUCCAGUAGGCCGUUCGACUGCGACUCCGGAAGUGCGUCGGGCGAGGAGCAGUGGACAGCGAGUCAGAAGAUGUGGUGUUGCAGGCACCGUCGCAAAGGCUGUGUCUUUGAUUGCGCAGCAGGCGUCGACAAGUGGCAGCGCGGAUGGUCUGAGGAGAAGAAGGCGUGGUGUUGCGCGCUCGAAGACGUGGCGUGUGUACACAACUGCUCGGAUGGGUUCGAGAAUUGGGAGGCGGCCUGGACAAUAGAAAAGAAAUCCUGGUGCUGCAAAUUCAAGAACCGUGGAUGUGUGAUUGCGCAGACGGUCCCCGUGACGCCUGCAGACGUCACACUUGGCGACAACACCAGUGCAGUUGCCCCAGUCGCCACGGGUGGCGCCAACACCACCGGUGCAGUCGUCGCAUGGACGGCUUGCGCCUUUGAAGAGGGUACCGACUACAGCGGGCACGACAUUGCAAACAGUCAGGUUGAAAGCAAGGACGACUGCUGUUCGGCAUGUGUAAACCAUCCAGGCUGUACAGUCGGCGUUCUCUUCGAGGGGCGCUGCUUCCUCAAGAGCUCCACCGCAGCGGACAAAGUAGUGUCUGAAGGGCGCACAGCAUGCGCCCUGGCUGUUGGUGCUGAGGCGGGGGAUGUCCAAGCGCUCAGCGACACCGGAUCGUCUCGCAGUGAUCCAGCACCAGGCGACGCUGAAGCACCCAGCAGUGGUGAGACACGCCAGUCUGCUCAUUCAUCUGUCCACGCAGGCCUUGACAAGACCGACGAUGACCCAGCCUUGUACAACUGCGACGACGAGGAGGAGGAGGGCUGGUCGCCGGCCAAAGGGGACUUCUGCUGCGAGAACGAGGGCAAGGGCUGCCCGCCCGCGGGAGUCCAGGGAGCCAGCGCCGUGCUCGGGCGGGGCAGCUCCGAGCUCGCCCGCCCGGGCCGGGCCGCCCCUGUGGCGGCGGGCGCGGCGUCCGUCGCCGCCACGCUGCUGAGCAUCGGGUGCUGCUACAGGCGAGGCCCACGGCCGCAGCGGGGCGCCCCGUGCCCCGCGGCGGGCGGGCGGUCCCGCGGGAGGCCGACGUCAGCAUUGUUUCUGGAGCGCGAUCGCGGGGGCCAGGCGGUCCCCAGCCGGCUACACGGAGCUCCGCCCGGCCGACGCAGAUGCGCCGACGUCCACAGCGGACGGCCUCUGACGCCGCGCGCGGCCCGGGUCGCGGGCUCGCCCCCGCCAUAUCGGUUCUGCUCGGCGGACCACCGUAGGUCAAAGCGCAUGCGUUGCUUACUGGUUAACGUUUCUUGCUCUGCUUGA